AUGAGGAAAAAGGUGGAUUCUCGCAUUAGAACCCUGGUUGAGAACUGUCACAAACUCAACCAGAGGUCCAUGUUCGUCAUAGUGGGCGACAAAGGGCGAGACCAGGUUGUGAACCUUCAUUACAUGCUGUCCAAGACAGCUGUGAAGGCACGGCCGUCUGUGCUGUGGUGCUACAAGAAGGAUCUGUACCUCAGCAGUCACCGCAAGAAACGGAUGCGGCAGAUUAAGAAGAUGAUGGUGAGGGGCCUGCUGGACCCUGAGAAGGAGGACCCAUUCUCGCUCUUCGUUGCCUCCACCAACAUCCGCUACUGCUACUACCACGACACCCACAAGAUCUUGGGCAACACCUUUGGCAUGUGCGUCCUACAGGACUUUGAGGCGCUGACGCCCAACCUGCUGGCGCGCACGAUUGAGACGGUGGAGGGCGGCGGCAUCAUAGUGCUGCUGCUGAGCUCCCUCACGUCGCUCACGCAGCUCUACAGCCUCACGAUGGAUGUGCACCUGCGCUUCCGCACCGAGUCCCACCAGCAGGUCACAGGGCGGUUCAAUGAGCGGCUGGUGCUGUCGCUGGCAUCCAACACCAAUUGCAUGCUGAUGGACGACGAGCUGAACAUUCUGCCCAUCUCCUCCCAUGUCAGGGACGGCCUCAAGCCGGUGCCCCUGAGGGAGGACGGCACGCCGGAUGUUCCCGGCAACGGCGAGUCGCCCGCCGAACUCAAGGAGCUCGUGGAGUCCCUCAGAGACGUCCAGCCGGCGGGGUCGCUGGUGGCGUGUGCGCGUAGUCUGGACCAGGGCCGUGCAGUGGUCACCUUCCUGGACGCAGCCAGCGAUAAGACUCUGCGCGCCACCGUCGCGCUGACGGCCGCGCGCGGCCGCGGUAAAUCCGCUGCGCUCGGCCUUGGGAUUGCCGGCGCGCUGGCUCUGGGCUACUCCAACAUUUUUGUUACCGCGCCCAGCCCCGAGAACCUGCGCACGCUGUUCGAAUUCAUCUUCAAGGGUCUGGAUGCGCUGGGCUACCAGGAGCACAUUGACUACGACCUGGUGGAGUCCACAAACCCGGCUUUCCAGAAGGCCAUCGUCCGCGUGAAUGUCUUCCGCGACCACCGCCAGACGGUGCAAUACAUUCAGCCGCAGCACCAUGAGCGGCUAGGGCAGGCAGAGCUGCUGGUCAUCGAUGAGGCCGCCGCCAUACCUCUGCCCCUCGUCAAAGCAAUGCUGGGGCCCUACCUCGUAUUCCUCUGCUCCACAGUCAACGGGUACGAGGGAACGGGGCGUUCUCUGUCACUGAAGCUGCUGCAGCAGCUGCGCACGGACGGCGCCAAGCUGAGCAGCGGGGACGCCGCGCGCGAGCAGCAGGGCGGUGCCGCCGGCAUGGGGCGUACCUUCCGGGAGGUCCAGCUGCAGGAGCCCAUUAGGUAUGGGGCGGGUGACAAGGUGGAGGCUUGGCUGAAUGAGCUGCUGUGCCUGAACGCCAGCGAGCACGUGCCCAAGGUCCCCCCGAAGCUGCCGCUGCCCGGAGACUGCGACCUCUUCUAUGUGGAGCGCGACACCCUCUUCUCCUUCCACAAGGCGUCAGAGGCGUUUCUGCAGCGGAUGGUGGCACUGUACGUGGCGAGCCACUACCGCAACACGCCCAACGAUCUGCUCCUGAUGGCCGACGCGCCAGCGCACCAUCUCUUUGUGCUGCUGGGGCCCCAUGACCCCACAGUCAACGCCAUCCCCGACAUCCUGGCUGUCGUCCAGGUGGCUCUGGAGGGAUCUGUCUCCAAGCAGGUCGCCUCAAAGACGCUGGCCCUGGGACAGCAGCCUCAGGGAGAUCUAAUUCCGUGGACCAUUGGUCAGCAGUACCAGGACCAGGAUUUCCCGGUGCUGUCAGGUGCGCGCGUCGUGCGCAUAGCCGUCCACCCCGAAAUGCCAAGGCAGGGCUACGGCAGCCGCGCGCUUGAGCUGCUGCGCCGUUACUACCAGGGCGAGCUUGCAGACCUGGAAGAAGAGGAGGAGGACGGGGAGCGCAGAGGCCCUGGGGAAGCUUCCACCAGCGGCCGCGCCAAUGGCGCAGCCGUCAGCAACGGUGGAAACUUGUUGGAUGAGAGGAUAGCGCCACGCUCAGGGCUGCCGCCGCUGCUGACAAAUUUGGGAGACCGGCCGCCAGAGGCCCUGCACUACCUGGGCACAUCCUUCGGCCUCACACUGGACUUAUUCAGGUUCUGGCGAAGGGCCGGCUAUGGCCCGGUCUACCUGCGCCAGAAUGCCAGCGACAUCACCGGAGAGCACACAGUGAUCAUGCUGCGGCCGCUGCGGACUCCCGAGAUAUCCCAGCAUGAUUGGAUGGACAGCUUCUCGGCCGAUUUCCGCUGCCGCUUCAUGGCGCUUCUGCCGGGCCCCUUCCGCAACUUCACCGUUCCCCUGGUCCUCUCCCUGCUCGCGGCCAAGGUCAGCUGGAGCGAGGCCGAGACGCAGGCGGCCAUUCAGAAGGGAGUGGAAGUCAUCAGGGCAGACGGCAGCCCACUCUCCCCUCAUGACCUCAGACGCCUCGAGAAGUAUGCAAAUAAUACGGUGGAUCACCAUCUCACGAUGGACCUGCUGCCGUCCCUGGCUCGGGCGUACUUUGCACAGCGCUUGCCUGCCACUAUGUCGCAUGGGCAGGCCGCGAUCCUGGCCGUCCUGGGCCUGCAGCAGAGGGACGUUACAACGAUUGAGAGGGAGCUCAACCUUCCCUCCAGCCAAGUGCUGGCCUUGUUCAACAAGGCCAUCAGAAAGCUCUACGGACUUCUCAGAGGGGCCAGGGAGGCGGCCGUGGGGCGCACGCUGCCGCAGGCGCAAGAGAUCCAGAUGCAGCCACACGAAGUCGAUGUGGACCAGGACCUGGACGAGGCAGCCCAGGAGGUGAAUGAGCGGAUGCGGGAGGCAUUCAAGCCAGAUCAGCUCGCCGAGUUUGCGAUUGAAGGCGAUGACGACAGGUUCGCAGAGGCAGUGGGCCGGGGGGGGCCGUCUUCUGGGGCAUUAGUCAGUGUCAAGGCUGCCUCGGGGGAUAAGCGCAAGCCAGCAGAAACAUCCCCUAGUCUGUACAAGAAGCAAAAAGGGGGUAAGGCUGGCAAGGGGGGCGAGAAGCGCCCCAGGACGUCAAAGAAGCAGUAGGCAACUUAAGUUCACUAACCGGCCUAGCGCGCAUGCGCUGUGUGCGAGAUCCUUGUUGCUUUGAAACCGUAUAAGUUGGACUGCAUUUAGUAAAUACUAUUUACAUAUUCACUUGCCGUCAAGACUGGCACGUUCUGGUAUGCUACUUAAUCUCUUCGAGGAACACAUGUGUAACAUCAUCAUGGGAUGUC